GACGUUUUUAUUCAGGUUGCACACUCGCCUGAAAAUGGCAGAGCCAUGUUCAAGUUCAAGCAAACCUCCGAGGUAAGCUUUAGUUUGGGCUAAUUGCCUCACGUGUCAGUGGGAUCUUCUCUUUUUAGUGUUUUUUUGCUUUCUGUGAAAAUGACUGCGUAAAAAUUAAUAAUGAUAGGGAUAGGUUUGGGCAAAUUUGUUGCGAAAUUUAGGAUCCGAUGUCUCUAAAUAGCUUUUGAAAUUGAUUUAAGUUCUGGUUGAAGCGCCGUGAUUUUAAGAUUAUUCUGCAGAUAAAAUGUUAUCAUUUUAGAGAUGGUUGGAAUUACACAGUCGGGUUUUGGCUUCUCCAUCCAUUUUGCAAUAAACAUAAUCUUACUUUAUUUCCCUUGCACAUGCAUACUGUAGUUUUGCAAAUGUGCUUACGUAAGCUCAUUCUAUAGAAAUAAAACACGUCUGUAAGCUUCCCAGAAAACACACAGAAUUCACCUUUAAUUAAGUAAAAAUAUUUUAUCAGAGAUUGAGUUAACCUUGUUUUGAUAGAUCUUGGAGGAUUGGUUAGCCACCUGAUCCACCCCAGGAUACCUUUGUUUUAGUGUGGUACAAAACCCAAUAUUAUUAAUAAGUGUAUCUGUGCAGAUUUGACAAAGCAUGGCUCUCCAAUGAGAAAUUUCAAGACAAGGAUGGGGGGGAGACAACCUCAAGCACAGCUGUGUUGGAAAGCCCAGUCAAUGAACUAUCAGCCCCUGGAAAUUCUGGGUUAGGUAGUAAAUUCCUUUCUGGCCACCGGGUGGUGGGUUAACUUGUUUUCCCCAGUAUAGGGUCUCCCUUUAGACUCUUGGCAGCCCAGUUAUGCUGCAGCCUCAAACUUUCGGAUAGGCUGGCUCGCUUUCAGGUAUGAGCAGGCCUUGGAUCAGUCCCCUGAGCUAAGUUCUAGUUAUUGCCAACUCUCAACUCUCUUCUGGCCAUGUUGAAUCAGUACAGAUACAUACAGAUAUAUACAAGCCCUAAAUGGGGACACUGUAAACUUGUAAACUUGAAAUUCAAGAUUUGAUGUACAUGUAUACUGUCAGAUGUACAGUGAACAGACACAUCAGUCUGUGUAUACCUUCACUUAUUCAAAUUUUUUUUUAUUUUAGUUCAGUAAUGUUUUGGACCAAAGAUCACGAUUUGAUACUAUGCCGUGAAGUUCUUAAUCUUAAUCCAUUCACUACAAAAAAAGGCUCAACACAACGAAGUACAAUUUGGGAUAAAGUGGCUACAACACUGAAUAAUUGUUCCUGUCUGGCAUUUAAUGUUGACAAGCGAUCUGUUAGAGAUCAUGUUGGAAUAUUACAAAACAGGCAUAAAAAGAAAUUGAGAGCUGAAGAAAAGGCAACUGGUAUUGUACCUGAUGGGCCGACAGAGUUGGAAAACCUGUUAGAGCAAAUAAUUGCCCUGGAAGAAAGUGCAGAGACAGAGCAACAGGAAACUGGUCGGGAGAAGAACCGAAAAAUAGAGAGUGAUAGAGCAAAAGCUGAAGAUAUCAGGUUAAAAGCAAUGGAAAAAUUGAAAGACACUCAAAAAAGGCAAUCAGAUGGGAUGGAGGACAAUCAGAGUAAGCGACCACAACGCAGUGGCAGCAGUGCAAUUUCUUAUCUGUCACAAAGAGCUGAUAUUAACUACGAGCUUAAACAGGAGGAGUUGAAGCUGAAGAGAGAUCGACAAGAGUUUGAGAAGAAACAAAUGGAAGUUUCUGCAAAUGCACAGAAGCAGUUCCAAGAGCAGCAGAGUCAGCUUCUAAAGGUAGUGUUGCAGCAACAGCAACAACAGAGCCAACAAACACUGCUCAUGAUGCAACAGCAGCAGCAGCAAACAAAGGCAUUAUUGGACAUUAUGGAGCGUAUCGUAAAUAAAUAA